UCUGAAGACACCGAGUUGAUUUGAUGCAAUCGCGCACUUUUAUUAGCGUUUUCGCACUCGUGAAAACUAGUGCGAUAGUCCAGUGGUGAACUAAAUGCGCUAUAUUUAAGUGUUUUACAACUUGUGCAACAGUCCAAUUUGGUGCGAAACGUACUGUAGGAACAAAUCCUUAGAUGCGUGGUUAAAAAUGACUCACCAAGGCAAUCUUCUGAUACGUCGUGGAUCGUGCGGAAAGAACCAGUGCGUGUAGAACGUUAGUCGCUUUCUGGUUUUGACGAAGAUCUGAUCGAGCCGAGAGAGAUGAACCAGUUGUUUGUGUGCUUCCUAGUUUUAUGUUUUCUGUGUUCGGUUCAGUUUUCCGAAGCAUCCUACCAAUGUGGAAUCAGACAACACGGAUUGCGUCCACUGAUCAAAGACGGUUGGCCGGUGGAAGAGGGUCAGUGGCCAUGGCAUGUGGCAGUGUUCAAUCGAUUGAAGAGUACUGAUCGGUUCAAGUAUGGCUGCGGGGGCACUUUGGUCAACGAAAAGCACACCCUGACGGCAGCUCAUUGCGUCAAACGUUUAGCCCGUGGCCAUCGACCACCAGUUUUGUACGAGAUUGAGCUUCAUUUUGGUCAGCAUAAUCUGUCGAAGGUAACCGAUAACGUUGUGAUUCGUGAUGUUAGUAAAAUACAUGUUCACCCGGAAUAUGAGUCAAAUAAGAAUGACAUCGCUGUGCUGGUAAUGCGAUUGCCAGUGGAAUACUCCGACACAGUCAUUCCGAUUUGUCUGGAUCAGAGGGUGGAUCGUGAUUUACGAGAGCUAGAAGGUAAAUCCGGAUGGGUCACAGGGUGGGGAAUGACGGAGAACGGAACCAUUUCGGAUGUGCUUCGUACGGCUUCGCUGCCCGUGGUUAGCUAUGUGACGUGUCUGAAGGACGACCCGAAUCUCUUCGGUAAAAGUUUGAAUGAAAAGGUGUUCUGCGCUGGAAAUAAGAUUGGAGCCAGUCCUGGACCGGGAGACAGUGGCGGCGGCAUGUACAUCAGUGACGGCGAUCGUUGGCAGCUCAGGGGAAUCGUUUCGUUUGGAAAGUUCAACGAAUUGAAACAGUCAAUUGAUGCCUCCAAGUACAUCGUAUUCGUUAACGUUCAAUGGUACUUAUCAUGGGUUAAAGAUAUUUUUGCGGAGAGCGAACCUCGUCUGGACAAGAGACAGAAACGAAUUAGCGAGCUAGAGUGCGAACGAUUCCAGCGACUCACGAGAAAACGACGCAACGGUGAUUGCCUCAAUAGAUAUAGACACGACGUGAUGAUAAUUGAACCGAGAGGCCUACAAAUGUGCAAUGGUGUCCUGGUAGAUGAGUCCCAUGUCAUUACCACUUGCAGCUGCGUUCGACCAGAAGGCAAUGCACUAUACUUGGAAGUAAAAGUGCGACUCGAGGCGUACGGCGAAGUGGCCAUUUCAGAAAUGGUAUGUCAUCCAAGGCAUACCGACCAUAACAUACGCCACGACUUAGCGAUUCUUAAACUGAAUGCAACGGUUUUCUUCAGUAAUACCCUAAUCCCAGCGUGUUUGGCGAACAACUGGACGGAGAAUCUGUACGACAUUCUUGUGCAAACGUCCUUCGUAACUGAAUCGAUGGACGAUCACAUGACCCUUGCUGAGACGGACGAGAACAGAAUAUCCCUGUAUGAAAAAUGCAUAUCUUUACGUAGACCUGGGUGGUUCAACAGGUCUGACUUCAUCGGAGAACUGUGCGUCAACAGUACUGAUCAGUUGCUGUACAAUGCCUAUUAUGACUUAAAAUUCAGUAAAUCAUCCGGCGCUGUGCUACAGACGUCCAACAGGCAAUCGUGUAUGUCCACUGUGGUGGGCCUGAAGGUUCAUAAUGAAGAUAGCAAUGAAUAUCCCAAACAGUAUUGGAUGGAAAUUUAUGCUCGAAUUGCCUACCAUUUGGACUGGAUUGAGCAGAGCAUCUGGAACGGGCAAUCCCAAGUGGAUCCAGAACUUCCUUUGCUGGGAGUAGAUGACAAAUGCGGAAUCUAUUACCAUGAAAUAGGGGUUGAGGAGUGGCCGUGGAGUGUGGCAAUUUUCCAUCGGAAUCAGAAUACCGGUGCGUUCAAACUAAUAUGUAGCGGUACCCUGAUCAGCAGGGAGCACGUUCUGACAACGGCACAGUGCGUACUGAAUCACACCACCGGAAGACCUUUGCCAGAGGACUCUUUUGAACUGCACUUCGGACUGAAUCGCUUGGAUCAUCGUAGUAUAAACGUGCAAAUGCGUAACGUCAGAGAAGUUCAUAUCUACCCGGACACUUCGGGUCACAACGUAGCGCUUCUGGUGACCAGCUGGCCGGUCAAGAAUACACCCUAUGUGACGUACAUCUGCAUUGUCCCGGGCAACGAUUCGGAGUAUUGGAAUUUUAAAACACAAUCUGCCUACAUCGCUGGCUGGCAAACAAUGGAAACUGGAAAAUCAAGCAAUGAACUAGACUCAUCAAACGUCUACAUUCUUGAACGCCAGGAGUGCUCCAAAGCCGGACUGAAGCUCUCUUCAAAUCAGUAUUGUGCCGUCUAUCGUAAUGGUGAGAUCGUUUCUCCUUAUUGAUUAUUGUGUUGUGUGUGUGUGCCGUGUGUGAGUUUAUUCGCACCCGCUUGCUUCACGAGUAUGAAGCAAAACAAAAACAAAAACACUCAUGAAUUUUUAUUCGCGAAGGACAAGUGGAAAUGCGGGAAUUGCGUUUUAGUGCGAUUUUAAUUGCAAAACAAGUAAUUAUCCAUCAUAUAGUAGUGUUUUGUGCUUUAUUGUUCCUGAAAAGUAAAUCUGUCGGCCGUGUAAAUUCAUUUUUUCACAAAAUUGAAAAAUGUUCAGAGUUGCUUCGCGAAUCAAUCACGAGUGCGACCAGCUUCGUUAGCUCGCGAGUGAAGGAAGUGCGAAUAUAUUCUGGCUUCUGUUGUUCACGAGUGGGAUAGCUUUGCGUUUGUGUCUGCUCAGCUGCAUUCCUCACUGUUUUCCAUCACUGAUGACAGGUUGAAUAAGGAGUAGAAAGUAAACAAGCGUGCGGUUAGCCAUCAGAGGUCCGAGUAAUUACUACAAAUUGACGACGAAAAUUGGAAUAAAGCCACAGUUAAAUCUAUUUGUUUGAUUGUUUUCUUUUAUUAAUUUGUCAAGGCAAACGAGGUGA